UUUUCUACAAAAAGUUACAUGCAUAGCUAUCUUACUGGUUCUUGGUUUGUUGAUAUGGAAAGGUAAACCAGUCUCAGUAGCGCUGGCUUGGUUCAGAAACAAAGACAGAACUGAAUUUGUGGCUUUUGGUACUGUCUUCUGAAUAUAUGGGACAGUUAUCGUGCUAGGUGUCAGUGCAACGAGUAACUUCGUUUCAAGAACUCUUUUUGGAUUUUCUGUUGAGUUCAGAGUAUAUGGUAAUUCUUGGUUUUGGGUGGUUCUUGAAUUUCUUCCUUUGGUUUUUCAUAGUUUGCUUUCUUGUACUGUUAUUUUCUUUUCUGGUUGGACUCUUCAGAGUGGAAGCUUAAGGGCUAAAGUUUUUACCUUUAUUUUUUGGGAAUUAAUAGCAAUUCUUUACAAUGCUUUCCACAAAAUCUGAAUCUGAUAUUACAAGUUUAGCCCCAUCAUCACCUUCAAGGUCUCCAAAGCGCCCUGUAUAUUAUGUGCAAAGCCCUUCAAGGGAUUCACAUGAUGGGGACAAGUCCUCUUCAAUGCAACCAAGUCCAAUGGAGUCACCUUCACACCCCUCUUUUGGACGCCAUUCAAGAAAUUCGUCUGCUAGUAGGUUUUCGGGUAUAUUUAGGUCCUCUUCAGGAAGGAAAGGCAGCAGGAAAAGAAAUGAGAAAGGGUGGAAUGAGAAAGGAUGGCCUGAAUGUAAUGUAAUCAUGGAAGAAGGGGACUAUGAUGAAGAUAAAGCAUUUACUAGGCGGUUUCAGGCUUUGAUUGCUUUGUGUAGUUUUAUAAUCUUAUUUACAGUGUUUUGCUUGAUUAUAUGGGGGGCUAGCCGACCUUAUAAAGCAGAGAUUACUGUCAAGAGCUUGUCAGUAAGUAAUGUUUAUGCUGGGGAAGGUUCAGACUUUUCUGGUGUUCCGACAAAGAUGCUAACGGUGAAUGGCUCAUUGAGGAUUAGCAUAAACAACCCUGCUACAAUAUUUGGCAUUCAUGUUAGCUCCACACCGAUCAAUCUCAUAUACUCGGAAAUCCCAGUUGCAACUGGUCAGUUGAAGAAACACUAUCAGCCUAGAAAGAGUCGACGAACUGUAUCAGUGAUUGUGGAAGGAGAUAAGGUUCCUCUAUAUGGAGCAGGAUCAAGUUUAACAGUUUCACAAACUGGUAUUGUAAUUCCAUUAACACUGAAAUUCGAAAUCCGGUCUCGAGGCAAUGUAGUUGGGAAGCUGGUGAGGACCAGGCAUAAAACGCAAAUUUCUUGCCCUGUGGUAAUUGAUUCCACUAGCACCAAACCAAUCAAGUUCAAAAAGGGUAUAUGUACAUAUGAUUGAUCUCAUUUUGAAGAGUUAAACAUAUGAUUUGUAUCGAUGCGGUGUACCAAAAACUAGCUAUCGUUUUGAGUUGCUGAGCUUCAAAAUAGAAAUCACUACCACUUGGAGAAAUACAAGUGAAUUUUCCAUUUCUCUCUUUUCAUUUUGGUGUUCUGCUCGUGUAGGACAAGUGGGAAACUUAAAUAUGUAUAUUUUUGUAAGAAUAAUACUGUUUGUUUGUAUUCAGGAUAAGCAAUCGCUGUUUAAACAAUGCUGCCUGUGUUUGUGUUUGAGGAUUGAGGACACAAUAUAAGUCUGCCUAAAAUGGGCCAAUUCGCAUUCUUUCAGAACCCAAAGUACAUAGGGUUGGCAUGUAAAAAUUGCUAAAUAUAAGGGGCUUUUU